AGUGACUCAGUUUUACUCUGCACAUACUGAAUCAGCCACUGUUAUGGAUGAUACAGCAACGUUAAGUACAUUUCUCACAAUUUAAAUAUUAUCUAAAUUCUGGCAUCAGUAUAGGGGCAUGGGUAUGGAAUCAGAUUGCUCUUUUAGCAUUUCAGGGCUAGAAGUAGGAGGAGGCAACAUGUCUUAUAAUGUCGUUGUUUUGUUCUGUUGAGGAACUGAAGCCCAGACACAUCCCAAGACUUUCCAGGCCCCUUGUCAGGAAGGGUGACUGCUAAGUCUUAGCAGCCAGUGAGCCUGGCCUGGACCACCUUGUCCUACCAGGUUUUCCCCCUGUUCUGGAACUUGAUUUUUCCUGGGGGUUGAAGGAGAGCUUGAAAUUUGGUUCUGGAAGGACAAUGAUUUUGAGAGUCCAAGUUUCAGGAGACAGCUUGGAAAGAUGAGCAGACCUAUCUCCAGGUAACCAACCAAGGAGGCUACAAUAUGUAAAUGAGCUGUGGCUUUCCUCCUGGUUGGCUGACAGGGCCUUGAUGUCACAAUAAGUAGGGUCCUUCCACUCCCGAUGAUUGUGCCUCUAGUCAAAAGAACUCAAUGACCUGGUGGGUCUCUUAGCUCCCUCCCUUGGUCCAACAAGGAAGUGAGAGGAUGGAGCCCCUCUAUCAGACUGGAUCCAUUCUCAUGAAGGUGAAUACCUUACAAGGGAAGAAGAUGGUGGAGACUGGCCUCCAGUCUGGAGACUUUUCCCUCUCCCAGUCGUGGCCUUCUUCCCUCCCACCCCCGGCUGACCUAGAGAUCUUGCAGCAGAAGGUGGCUGGGGUGCAACGGGAGCUGGAGGACUUUAAGAAGGAGGCGUUGAAGUCCAUUCACUACCUGGAAGAUGCUUUCUGCCAGAUGAAUGGCGCCCUGGUUCAGCAAGAGGAGCAGGCGGCCCGCGUGAAGCAGCGGCUAAGGGAGGAGGAGGACCGCGGCAUCGUGAGGAACAAGGUGCUCACCUUCCUGCUGCCUCGUGAGAAGCAGCUCCGGGAGCACUGCAGGCGGCUGGAAUGCAUGCUGCUGAGCCGGGGCCGUGACGCUCUGGCAUCGCCAGGAAGAACCAGGCAGACUAAGUCCUAGGCGUACCAAGUGGAAGAUAUUUUCAAGUGGAAAGAAAUUCUAAGCCCUACUCUCUUGCUUCCCUUUCCCCAUUUAUAUGGCUUUCUUUCUACCAAAAUAACACCUUGCUGAGAGGUAAAAAGACCUCAUCAUGGGGUUUUUUUGGGGGAUGUGUGAAGUUCCAUAUAUCCAGCUUCCUCAGGAAGCAGGCACCCCAGUACUAACUCAGACCCUUGUACAUUUACCUCAAACUCUUUCCUGUUCGUGAUGGUAAUGUUGCCCGGAUGUACAGCACUUUUGUGUGUGUGUAUUCUUAAAUGGAUUGUUUUGAACAGCUCUACCUUUCCUUUAAUGA